CGCAGCGCCACACGUCUUUUGCCUGCACCGUGCGUGUCCCGCAGCAAGAUCGACGAUGGCUGGAUUCACGGGUUUCCUGCACAGACUGAUGGCCUCAAAUAUAACAAAACAGGAGAAGUGUUAUGACCCUCUCGACCUAACAUUUAAAUUUGUCGAUAGAGAGGAUGAUUUGGACUUUUUGUGUGAAGGCUUCAAAUCUCUCAGAGCUCAGAUGUCCUGUGGUCACGCUGUGACCCCGACCUCUCUCACCAACUGGUGUCGCAGGUUGUUGGACCAGGGUGAAAGCAGGUUUGUGUGUGGUGGGUCUGGUUGCAGCGCUGAGUGGACUUUGGCAGAGGUUGUUAAAAUGGCUCUUCUGACCCCUGAAGAAACUGAGUACUUCAGAAAAACCCUGGAAUCCAACGCUGCCAUGCAGAUGCUUAUCAUCAGAUUUUGUCCUGUAUGCGGAUCCACUGUGACGAGAGAGAAUGAAUCAUGUUUGAAUGUCCUCUGUAAAGUGUGCACAGCAGAUAAAGGACAGCCCUUUGAAUUCUGCUGGCAGUGUUUGAGGGAGUGGAAGGGUGCACGGCCUCGGAAAGACCGCUGUGGAAAUCGUGGCUGCUGCAACCAGUCACUGAAAACGCUAAAAGAAUGCCCCGAUAUCAUCUUUGAUUCAGUGAAGGGAGUCAACGGGUGUCCCACUGUCCGUGCCUGUCCCACCUGUGGGUUACUGGUGGAGCACAGCAAAAGGCAUUGUAAAUCUCUUGUUUGUCCUCGAUGUAAGGUGAAGUUCUGUUUUGUGUGCCUGAAGAUCUUCACUGAAUGCACCAGAACAAGUGGCAUUUCUGCACCUUGCUCCAGUGGAGUGGCCCCCAGACAGACAUCUAUACCUGUAUGGCAAAAGAAAUAAUAGUAACAACACAAAGCCAACAAACUUCACUUUGUUUUGAUGUGAAAGUGUCAUGAAAGUGGAGUUGAUGCACUUUAAAAUAUAUGAUAAUUAUUAUAUUAUCAUUAUAUAUAUCAUAGCAUUCAUCUGGCAUUAGAUAAUUUGGUGUAAUUACAAAGAGCAGUUGAGGCUGAUUGGAAUGCCUUUAAUGUUGCAGGUAACUGAACAUAAGUCAAAGUAUUGGACAAAUGAAAAUUUUGGCAUGAUGACUGGAUCAUAAACAUAUUCACCAGUGACUCAGAAUCAGAAUACUGUAAUAAUCCCUAAGGAAAUUAUGUGGUCACAGUUGCUCCAAGACAAUAACAGUAACAGACUGAACUAAAUGAAAUAUUUAUCUCUAAUUAUCUCUAAUAAUAUAUCAUAUCAUAUAAUGCUAAAAAAAUGUUGUUGUAGUUUGUUGAUGAGAAAUUUCCUACCAAAUGUGAACUUUACAACUGUAUUA